GGACUCUAAGGCUCAUUCAUCAAGUCUACUCCAGUACAGAUAAGAUUUCUCUCUUUGCUUCCUGUCCUGUUUGUCACUUCCCAGAAACCCAAUAGGGAUUUCAAAAAAAUUGAGAAAGUGAAGAAAGCUUAGAGGAAAUGGAAUUUUUUAUAUGAAUUAUGGAGAUGUCUGGUUCCAUCCCAGCCAAGAUUUCUAGAAGCAGAUGGCUGAUGGUAGGAUUGUAGGGCUUGGGGACAGGAGUACAAUAGAGUUGGAGGACUAAAUCAGGCGGAGAGGAAGGACUCAGUGUUUGUCUUCCUGGUACUCCCAAAGUGUCAGUAUCUGUUGUUUUUGGUACUGGGAUCUCCUGGAUUACAAAACUAUACAGAAGGGAAGUUGGGGGUGGAGUAGGGGGUGGAGACAGAAAUUUGGGUUUAAUAGAACUUAAAAAGACUACGGUUAUUCAAAACCCAAGACUCAAAUCCCAGAAGCCAGAUAACUCAGCUCUAAACAGAAGAGGAGCAGUAGGUAAAGAGGCUACCGGGACCAGCCAUGGAGACCUGGCAGAGGUGGCCACUGCUGUUGCUGCUAGCUCCCCUGCUGUUGCUUCCCUCGUCUGCCUCAGCUUCCUGUGUGCUGGACGAAGAGGGCGAUAAUUGCCACUGCAACUUUUCCGCUCCGAAGCCUGAAUGGGAUAGAAUUGCGAUGUGCAUUUCCGCAGUACAGGUAGAUCUCCAUGGGGGCGGCCACAGCUUGGACAUCUUUUUGCAGAAAGAAAUUGCUGACCCAAGCAAAAUCGCGGACAUAUUGAAAGCGCUGCGUCUAAGACGGCUGACGGUAAAGGGGGCCCAGGUCCCGGCCCCACUUCUGCAUCAGCUCCUGCGGGCUUUGACCUACACACGGAUUGAGGAGCUGUCGCUAAUAGACUUGGUGAUUUCGCGGCCGCCCCUGCUACCUCCGGCAAUCAGUGGGAGUGACCUCAGGCUGAGAGCCCUGCACCUCCACGGAGUUUGGUGGACCGGAGAGGGCAGCCUACUGGCAGCGGUAGGGCCUUGGCUAAAACCUGGACUGAAGGCACUGAGCUUGACUGGUUUAAACCUGAGCUAUGUGCCCUGCCCAGAGUUGGGCGCCUUUGAGGAACUGAACUCUCUAGAUCUGUCGGACAAUCCAGAGAUAACAGAGAAUAGCUUAACUUCGGCGCUUUGCCUCUUGAAGCUCCAGGCACUGAAGGAUCUGGCGCUUCGGAACACUGGCCUCCAGUCCUUGGGGAAAGUGUGCCAGGCCCUGGAGGCGACGAGGACAAAUGUGCAGCGACUGGACAUUAGUUACAACGAGCUGGGGAAGACACCCUGGACUCAAUGUACCUGGCCAGCCGCCCUGCUCUCGCUCAACCUGUCCCACGCGAAUCUGAAGUGUGUGCCGGAGCCUCUGCCUAUGAAGUUGCAGCAGCUGGACCUAAGCUACAACCUGCUGAGGAAGCAUCCUCGGUUGCCCCAGGUGACCGACUUAAACCUUGAAGGGAACCCUUUUGCCUUCGCCAGUGCCUCAGCCAGACUGCAAGGGGAGCAGCUGACAGAGGACUGCACAGUCCCCUCUCGCGGGAGCAAGUUCGCUGGCACCACGCUAGCCUUCCUUGUCUCUGCCGCAGCCUUGGCGCUGCUGCGCGGGACCGGAGAAUUCGCCUUGUGGGGAGCAAACUAGGGAGAGGAAAAGAACAUUCAAGUUCCCACCUGACUGACUUGUGAUUCCAGGGAAUGCAGGGGAACCCUGCCAGGAUCUCAACCUCCACCACUUUUUAUUACAAAAUAAAAAUUAAUAAUGAUUGAGAAAUAAAA